CUGCCUGCAACAACUUGUUCCCAAGUUCGUUUUAUACAUUUGUUAGAGAGGAGGACCUUCCUUACCUUAGUCGGGUGUGCUUGUCGACUCGUCCUGCUCUGUUCUUCCUCCUUUCCCCACAAGGAAUUUGUGUCGAUAUCUAUUUCUGGUCCUCACUUUUUUCGAAACCAUGAAUCGAACCCAUAACGACGUCCAACCGGGGCCGAGGGCCAUGCACUCAGAUUUCCCGGACAACUUAGGCCUAAAUCCCCAAACUGCUCUCCUCGAUGCCUUCUUCCCCGGCUUCUCGCUCCUCUCUACUGCUUUGUACAGAUAUUCGCGAAUCGAUAUUUCAGUAUACUUCCCCACGCUCAUAGUGCUUGGGCUGCUCACAUGGGCGUCGAGCUAUGUCUCCACAUGGAUUAAGGACUUCAUGGAUAAGCACCUGAUGUCUACAGCAGACAUUCGGAUAGACGAUGAGAUGUACAACAUGGUUAUGGCGUGGGUCGCGACUCAGAAAUUCGCCAAGAAGUCUCGUCGAUUCGUGGCCAACACGAAUCUGAACUCCCGCAUGUGGUGGUUAUUCCGAGAUUAUGGGGACGAUGAUGACGAGGAUGAUAUUUCUCCUCGGGGUUUUCACCAGGAAAAGGAAAAGAAGCUUCAAUUCACGCCUUCUUUCGGAACGCACUACUUCUGGUAUAAGGGGAGGCCAUUCGUCUUCAGCAGGACCCAGGACCGCAAUCAAGGCUCUUGGGGAACUGUGAGUGAGCGGGAGAAUAUCUCUCUCUCCAGCUUCGGAAGAGAUCCUACCCUACUCAAGAGGCUGUUGAACGAGUGCCGGGCCGCCUUCUCGAAGAACGAUGAGAACCGAACUAUCAUUUACCGUGGCGGUCUCAGGAAGGGAACAUCUGAACCAACCUGGACUAGAUGUUCUACCCGAGCAUCUCGACCAUUCUCCACUGUGGUCCUCGAUGAAUCGGUUAAGCAGAGUCUUCUGGAUGACAUGAGCGAUUACCUCCAUCCACGCACUCGGAGAUGGUACAGUAACCGUGGAAUACCAUACAGGAGGGGUUACUUGCUCUAUGGUCCCCCCGGCACUGGCAAGUCAAGUCUGUCAUUUGCUAUAGCUGGCUACUUUAAACUGAAGAUAUAUAUCGUCAGUCUGAAUUCUCCAUCGAUGAAUGAAGAGAACCUAGGGAGCCUUUUUGACGAACUGCCCAAAAGGUGUUUGGUACUUCUUGAAGAUAUCGACACUGCUGGAUUGACGCAUACCAGAGACGAGAUACAAGUUGAUGAUGCCAAACCAGCAGAGGGAGGUCCAGGUUCGACCACGACGGUUGUGUCCAACGACAAUAGUAGCGGACGCCUAUCUCUAUCUGCCCUCCUCAAUAUCAUCGAUGGGGUUUCCAGUCACGAAGGGCGGGUGUUGGUCAUGACAACAAACCACAUCGAGAAGCUGGAUGAAGCAUUAAUCAGACCUGGGCGGGUAGAUAUGACCGUCAAAUUCGACCUAGCAGACACCGACAUAAUCAUCACCAUCUUCCGUGCCAUUUUCGCCACUCUCGAUGACGAUAUCCCCAAGCCCGCCAAAUCAAACGAAGCAAAUAAUUGCUCCGCCAAGAAGACUGCGGGAUUGUCAGAGGCAACGAAAGAGGAAGUGCGUCGGAUGGAAGACGAAGAAGAAGAAGCAAAAGCGUUAGAAGUGAAGAGACUGGCAGAGGAAGCCAGGAUAACAGAGUUGGGGAAAAGAUUUGCGGAGCUCGUUCCGGCGAAGACGUUCAGCCCCGCCGAGAUCCAGGGGUAUCUGCUGAAGAAUAAACGGGAGCCGGAGAUGGCGAUCAAAAAUGCGGAGGUGUGGGUCAAGAAUACGCUUAUGGAUAAGAGGAAGAAGGCGCAGGAAGAGAGGGAGAAGGAGGCAAAAGAGAAAGAAGAUAGGGAGAAGGCCAAGGAGGAGAAGUUGGAGAAGGGGAAGGAGAAGGAGGAGGAGAAGGAGACGUGAGAGCAUAGGGGGAUGAUGGUAAGAGAUCAUCGGCAGUUUGAUACCCACAUUAGAGAUUCGACGAUAGAGCCUCCGGAACUUCACCAGGCGACAGAUGGCAGAGUGCACUUGCACAGCUUUUAGAUAGCUCUACAGUUCAGAUGGUGCGCGCACCUGAUACGAACAGCGGAC